AUGUAUCCCAGCGGGUUAUUACACAACAAAAUGGCCGACGAUGAUGACAAGGAUCCCACGUGCACGUUUUCUAGUCUAGGCUUAAAUAGCUGGCUCGACAAACAGUGCAACGCUGUUGGAAUAAAAAGCCCGACAGAGAUUCAACAAAAGUGUAUUCCACCAAUCUUGUCCGGACGAGAUUGCAUUGGCUGUGCUAAAACUGGUAGUGGAAAAACGGCUGCGUUUGCUUUGCCCAUACUUCAAAAACUCUGCGAAGAUCCUUAUGGAAUAUUUGCUGUUAUUCUCACGCCCACCAGAGAACUGGCAUAUCAAAUCUGCGACCAAUUCAGAGCCCUUGGAAAACCCAUUGGCCUUAAGGAGGCUGUAAUUAUUGGUGGCCUGGACAUGAUGAAACAAUCAUUGAUACUUGCCGAGAAACCUCAUGUUGUCAUAGCGACUCCUGGGAGACUGGCUGAUCAUCUUAAGAGUACAGAUACCUUUGACCUGAAGAAAAUCAAAUUUUUAGUUUUGGAUGAAGCUGACAGACUCCUAGAUCCUUCAUUUAGUGAUGAUCUUCAGGUGAUUUUUGACAAUGUUCCAACAGAAAGACAGACAUUACUUUUCAGUGCCACUCUUACAGAUACUCUUCAAGAACUGAGGGAGAUGUCAAGCAAUGAUCCAUUUUACCAUGAAGUGAAGUCUGACAUAAAAACAGUCACUGAACUUGAUCAGAGAUACAUUCUUGCUCCAGCCAGUGUGCGAGACUCCUAUCUCAUUCACGUUUUGCGAGAGCGUGGAGAAAAUAAAUCAGUAAUCAUCUUCACGCAUACGUGUAAGAAUUGCCAAACGCUAGCAAACAUGCUCUGGAAGUGUGAGCUGCCUUGUGUGGCUCUCCAUUCAUUGAAAUCGCAAGGGGAACGGCUUGCAGGCUUGGCCACGUUCAAGUCAGGUAUAGUCAAGAUUCUUGUAGCUACUGAUGUAGCAAGUCGCGGGUUGGACAUUCCUCAAGUAGAACUUGUGAUUAAUAGUAAUGUGCCGGCGUCUCCAAAGGACUACAUACACCGCGUGGGACGAACAGCAAGAGCUGGGCGUGGUGGAAUGGCGAUAACACUCGUAACGCAGUAUGAUGUGGAUAGGGUGAAACAGAUCGAAGCUACCAUCAAUACCAAGCUUGUCGAGUUUGAAACUAAUGAAAAUGAUGUUCUGCCAUUGUUGAAGGCUGUGAUGGUGGCUCGAAGGGAGGCGGAAUUGAAAGUUAGAGGUAGUGCUGUGUUAGAAAAGAGAUUGAUAAAUAAGAGAAAGAAACUGAUUCAGGAAGGGAAAGAUCCUGAUAUGAAGGUAUCAAGAAGGAAACGAAGAAAAUACAAAAAGGAGAGGAACUAACA